AUGACGAAACCAAUAAUACUCGGAAUUGCUGGAGGAACUGGAGCAGGGAAAACCACACUUGCAAAAGCAGUCUUUCGAGCUGUUGGAGGAUCCAAAAAUGCGGUCUAUUUGACUCACGAUCACUAUUACCGAGACAUUUCUCAUAAGACGAUGGAGGAGCGCUCGAAGACAAACUUUGAUCAUCCGGAUAGCUUGGAGACUGACAUGCUGGUAAAGCAUGUGCAACAGUUGAAGAGGGGACACACUGCCGAAUUGCCAAAUUAUGAUUUUUCGACCCACUGUCGAACAGCUGUGAAGACUCUUGUUCAUCCAAAAAGCGUCAUCAUUGUGGAAGGUAUUCUUUUGUUCACAAGUUUAGAGCUGUGCAAUGAAAUGGACAUGAAAAUUUUUGUGGAUGCUGACAAUGAUACCAGAGUGCUAAGACGGAUAGGUCGUGAUACUGUUGAACGGGGUAGAACACUGGAAUCCAUCAUGACUCAAUAUACGCGGCAUGUGAAACCGAUGCAUGGACAGUGGGUGGAACCAUCGAAAACAAGAGCUGAUAUCAUUGUGAAUUCGGAAACAGGACACAGCUUAGAUAUUGCCAUAAAAAUGAUAUCCGAUCACCUUCUGGUGGCAAGUGGAAUCUUGAGGAAUGAUACUGCCAAGGGUGAAGAUAAUGAGCAAAAUGAAGCAAAGGACGCCAUCGAGUAA